AUGGCAGUGCUUUUACCGGCGUCGGUAAAAGCAAUGCCAUGUAACGAUAAUCGACAGCAGCCGAAUCAACGACGAAUCAUAAUUCGACCGGAUAAAGAUUUACAGCGACCAAGCAGUUCCCGGUCAUCUAAAGGAUGGAAACCAUCAACAUUUCUGAAUCGAAUCCACCAAAAUGGCAGUCGACAACGGGGUAGAACUCGAGAGCAACAACAACCACAACCACAAGGACAAGACUAUCUGCAACAGCAUCAAGAGCACCAGCAACGACAACGGCAACGAGAAGAGUACCAACAACAGCAAAGACAAGAAUACAGACAGCCACAAGAAGAGUACCAACAACAACAGCAACAACAACAACGGCAGGAGCAGCAGAGAUACCAACAGGAACAGGAGCAACGAAGAUACCGUGAAAGGGAGCGAAUUCGGGAAGAACAAAGAGCUGAACUCGAAAAGCAACGUCAACAGCAAGAAGAGCAACGUAGAAUCCAAGAGCAGCGAAGGUUGCUGGAUGAACAACGACGUUUGCAGGAACAGCAGCAACAGCAACAGCAGCAGGAGCAGCAGCGAAGGAUUCAGGAACAACAACGAAGAAUACAACAGGAGCGGAAGACUGAAGAUGAACUUUACACAGAUGAUACCGCUGAGCCUGCUGAAGAACAAUGGAGACCGUUAGAAUCGCCAGGACAACAAACCGUGCAGCAGGGUUUGUUUUAUUAUUCGGCUUAUCGUAACUACCGAGGCAGUACUACAAGAGCGCCGUUCAGCUUGGGUGGUCCCGUGAAGACGCCCUCACUCUACGAUUCCGCUGAAGAAAGCGAUUACGAUUAUUCACAACCAGUAACUGAAAUGACAACAACAACCACUCAAAGAACACAAAUCCCUGGAACAGAAGAACCUGGUGUUUGGCCAACACCAUUUUCAUUUGAACAACAAGUACCGUGCGCUGCUUUUACCGAUGAAGUGUGCCUACAGCAGAAGAAAGCAAUGGGUAAUGAUAAAAUGAAUAAGUGUUGCAACAAAGGUAUUUAUUUGACCGAUAUGUGCAUGCCAGGACGGUGUACGAAUGUUACCACGGAGCUGUGCUGUAUGCAAAAAUUUAUGCAGGUUAAUUUGAAUCCAGAAAUUAAAACGGGAGAAGGAGUAGGGCGUCUUGUUCCUGUUGUUCAGUAA